AUGGCGACUCUGCUGUCCCGCCAGGCCGAGGAGCGACGCAUGCGCGGUGGGGGCGGGUCCGGCUGCUGCGGCGGGGCCAUGUCGGGCCGCCGGGCGCGCGGGCGGCGCGGGCCGGGGGCAGGGACAGGGCGCCGGACACAGACCCCGGAGCGGCUGCGGGCGGAGGUGUCCGGCAGCUCCCCAAGGCGCAACCGGUUCUGCCCGCAGUGCGGGCUCGCCGUGGAGCCCGAGUUCCGCUUCUGCCCGGCCUGCGGCGGGAGGCUGCCCGCGCCGCCCGAGGAGCACACCGAGCCCGCAGCGCCGGCACCAAGCCCGUCGCCGGCCCCCAGCCCGUCGCCGGUCCCCAGCCCAUCUCAGGUCCCCAGCUCCGCCGCCUCCCCCUCCGUGCGGGCGGCUGCGGCCCGGCUGCCCCGUUCGCCCCGCAAGUCCCGGCCCGGCCUGGCCGCACCGCUCCCGGCGGACACGGUGCUGACGGACCAGGGAGGGCGGCGGUGGAGGCUGGUGCGGCUGCUGGAUCAGGGCGGCUGCGGGCUGGUGUACGAAGCGCAGUCAGCAUCUGGAACCUGUCCUCAGAAGCAAAGCUACUCCCUCAAACUUGAUGCCAAAGAUGGGAGGAUCUACAAUGAACAGAAUUUCUUCCAGCGAGCUGCAAAGGCAGGCACAGUGGAGAAGUGGAAGAAGUGGCAUUCUGUGCCAUUGCUGGGCAUCCCCAACUGUGUUGGCUUUGGACUGCAUGCAGACAGCUACAGGUUUUUGGUGUUCUCUGAGUUGGGGCGAUCUCUUCAGUCAGUCCUGAGUGAUGGCCUGCACCUGCUGAGGGAGAAGGUGGCUUUUCAGAUUGCAAUUCGUGUGCUAGACUGCCUGGAGUACAUUCAUGAGAAUGAGUAUGUGCAUGGGGACAUCACUGCUGAGAACAUCUAUUUGAACCCAGCAGACCUCACACAGGUCACCCUCGCUGGCUAUGGCUUUGCAUUCCGGUACUGCCCUGGGGGGAAACAUGUGGUUCGGCGUGAGGGCAGCAGGACCCCCCACGAGGGUACCAUGGAGUUCAUCAGCCUGGACAGCCACAAGGGCACAGGACCAUCUCGACGGAGUGACUUGGAAUCUCUGGGCUACUGUCUUCUGAAAUGGCUCUGUGGGAUUUUGCCUUGGUCUGGUGAGCUGGACCAACUAAAAGCUGUGGUAGAACAGAAAGAAAGGUACAGAAAAGAUGUGAGAUGCCUUCUCCAAUUGUGCUUCAGGCAGAGAUCCUUUCCAGAUGCCCUGGAGAGCUACCUGGAGCAGGUGAUGGCGCUGGAGUAUGAGGAGAAGCCUGACUAUGCAGCCCUGCGGCAGCUCUUUAGGAAGCCACUGGAAAAAAUGAAAGCUUCAGCUUACGACUCUGUGGAUGUCCGAGUGGUGCCCUGAGUGCUGAAGUCUGAGCUGCUGCUGUACCAAGUUAAUGUGAAGACAUUCCUGCACAGCCGAUCAGGGGAAGCAGUAGCUGGAGAACUGCAGUGGAGCCACCGUGAGCCAGGAAUCUAAAUCAGGGAUUUUAUUUUCUCUUUUGAACAAGAGCAGCAGCACAUGGUUUUGUAAUAAACUUUGUGGACAAGUA